AUGAUUCGAGGUUCCGGUUCUUGGUCCAUAUUUGCGUGGAUCAUAUCGUUCUCUAUUCUGACAACGGCAUUUGUCGUCCUGCGUCUUUGGUCUGCCAAAAUUCAAAAGAGGAAGUUUUAUAUGGAUGAUGGCUUUGUGGUAGCUGCGUACGUGUCGAUGCUUGCUCAGCAAGGCCUCGGGAUAUGGUCUUUAAUCAAUGGCAUGGGUAAUCAUUCAACAGAAUUGAGUGUCGAUGAAUUAAGAGUACAACAAAAGAAGGUCGUUGUUGCAGUGUCGACAACGUGGAUCUUCAGCGCCACUACCAUUAAGCUAGCUGUGCUUGCGUUCUACAUGCGAAUUUUCACUACUUCCUCUUUCAAGCGAUGGGCCAUAUCUCUUAUGGCGAUAAGCUCUUUUUUUGGCAUUACCUUCUUCGUUGUAUUCAUAACACACUGCAAUCCAAUUUCUCAGGGAUGGAACCCUGUUCCAUGGGGCUCGUGCAGACCCCUGGCUUUAUCCGAGUAUUCUUCUAUAUCUCUCAACUUAAUUCUCGACAUAAUGAUUAUAGUACUGCCCAUGCCAUGGCUUUGGAGUCUACAGAUGGCGUUAUUCAAUAAAAUUGUCGUGAUGGUCAUGUUUAGUUUUGGUUUCGCAACUGUCGCUACCAUGUGCUACCGUAUUGAACAGACAGUCCAUAGCGAUCCGGAUUUCAUGCUUGGUUUCGCAAGAGUUGGGCUGCUCAGCGAUGUCGAAAUUUGGCUCGGGAUCAUUGUUGCCUGCAUACCUACAUUGGCACCAUUCUUUAAGAAAUUUAUCCAACCACCGUUAUCAAAGCUCUUUAAGAAGCUACAUGGUAGCUCAAGUCCGUCCACAAAGGAAGGGAUAAGGCGAGGGCGACCGAGGACAUGGGGUGAUUCUAGCGGCCCGAGCCCUAAGAACCAAAGCAACAACAGUGAAUUCUCUAAGAUAUCCACACAUCCAACUUCACAUGGUGAUGAGAUGCGUUCUAUCAUUUCAAACGAAACGCCGGAGUUCCGCGCACAUUGCAAGUUCCAUAACACGAACACGGCGCCGGAAAGCGGGGGGAUAUACGUGCAGAAAGAGUUUCACAUAUUUAAUGCGUAG